AUGACGAAGAAAUAUGAAAGUUUGGAGAUGAAGUAUCGAGACCUACGUGACGUUGCGGUUAGGGAAGCGGAGCGAAACUUCGACAGACUAAAGAAGCAGGGUGAAGAGAGAGCACAGACCGCAAAUCAGUUGAUAGCCAAUCUGAAAAGCGAGGUUACGGCUCAGAAAGAACUCGCUAAAGAGGGUGCCAGCUUCAAAAAGCAGUUCGAGGCCAGCGAAGCCAAGAUUGACAAUCUACAAGCCAGGAUAACCGAGCUCACGACUGCGCUAUCCGAAUCAAAGAAUGAGAUGAAAACGCUCUCAGCCAAGCUCUCGGCUGCAAGAGCAACUGAGGCUGCUAAUGCGAAGGUUCCUGGCAGUGCCAUGAAGAAUGGAACUGGAGGAUCACGCGCAGCUGCAAGUUCAGAGACGGUACAUUCCACACAACUAGCGCAGCUGAAGGAGGAUCUCUAUGGUGACUUGACUGGCCUGAUUGUGCGAGGCGUCAAGCGCGAUGGUCCAGAGGACACCUUCGAUUGCAUUCAGACAGGCAGGGGAAGAACACUUCACUUCAAACUUGCCAUAGCCAACGAGAAUUCUUCUGAGGGCUAUGAUGACGCCCAGUUCAUGUACAUGCCUCAGCUCGAUCCGAAGCGUGAUGAGGAUUUGAUCGAGAUGCUUCCGGAUUAUUUGGUGGAGGAGAUCAGUUUUCCACGACUGCACGCUGCCAAAUUCUACUCGCGUGUACAGAAAGCCCUCACGGAACGCUUGGACUGA